AUGGGGGCGCUAGGCAGGCGACCAGGCGAGACCGACGGAGUCCACUCAGAGGUGACUCAGUACGGUAACAUGUGGGUAUUGUUGGUGACGGCUAGCUUGGUGUUUGGAGGCCACGCCGCGCCACCACCGGCGCUGCUGGAGCUUGGUGAGACAGUUUCAGAAAUCCUCAGCGACCUAGAAGACAUUCCAUUGGAAGAACGAGUCGACGACACAGUUUCUCCAGAACUCCUGGAGCUGUACCAAAACAUCGAAAUGCUGCUGGAGAUUCAAAAAAGCAACCUAACCGAAAGUCGGGAGGGCCGAGGACUUCUGAGCAAGCUGAGUUUUCUGACUGGUCUGAAACUCGGGAAUUUCCUGACGAGCUCGGGCACGCUGGCUGCUAGUCAGAGUAUAAACUUCCUAGGGAAGGUGCUGAACGCAGCCUUGUCUGUCAGCUACGGGAACGUCGGAGGAUAUCCCGGGCUGGGGGGAGAAAAUGGAAUUGGAGUCGGAGAACUGGGAGCUCUAGGGGCUCCAAUAGUGGGUCUGCAGAAACUGCCUGUCAUCGAGGAAGAUGUCCCUGACGAGGACAAGAAAAGAGAAAAGCCAGACAACGCCUCCCUGCCAGUCACCUCCCCGGCGGCCACCCCCGCCGUCAGGAUCAGGGCGAGUCCUGUGGAGUCUUCAAGGAAGGAGUUCCUCAAGGAUCACAACCACAGGGUUGACAACUUCAACAACAACUUUGAGAAAAAACUGAGAUCCCGAACUGGACGAAUAGAAGCAUCAACGUAUGUUUAGGUGUCAUAAACUUGGCGUAAU